AUGGGUCCAUCGCGCUUCUGAUGACCAUCGUCGUUCCGCUCUGGAUCAUCAAAGCGGUCGCCUCUUCCGCCUUCGCAUCCGCCUCGGUUGACGGAGGAACAAAAGUGUGCCGUCCCCUUCGCAUCUCGUGUCUCGAUUCCCCUUUCCGCCUCUUCACGCCAUUCUCCCUUUCUUUCUUCUCCUCAUCUGACCUCUCCGUUGCCGCACAGCUCACGCAAGAACUCGGGGGCUAGAGAAACGACAAGGGAGAUCUCGUUCGCAAUGGAUGCCGUCGGCGGAGGCGGCGGAGUAAUAGGAGAGGCGAGGAGGGCGGUGCGGCCGCCGAUGAGCGCUCUCGAUAUCCUGCGAGAGACCGUGCGGAUUCUCCGCGCAGAUCCGUCCCCUUUCAUGACCGCCCUCGCGUUCCUCAUUUGCCCCGUCUCGGCCGCGCUCCUCUCUGGCGCCCUCGCCCCGCGUGCCGCCACCGCGGCCCUCUCCCACCGCCUCGCUAGACUCUCCGUCGCCAGUGGCCUCCCGCCGCUCCGCUCUCUCCUCCAGCUCUGCCGCCACCUCGCCGCAUCCGUUCUCUCUGCCGCCUCCUGUUUCCCGCUCCUUGCCACCGCUCUCCUCCUCGCCCGCGCCUCCAUUGCCUACUCCGUCGCCUGUUGCUACGCCUGUAAGAAGUCUGUCCACGCUGAAUUUUUUUCGGUCGCGCGAAGGAUCUGGCCCCGCCUUCUCUCCACCUACCUCUGUGUCUGCGCUGCCAUCUCUGCUUGCCUCUCGCUCUUCAUUUCCCUCAUCCUGCUUGUCUGCAAUGUGUUCGCUCGAUUGGGUUACCCGCCCGAAAUCGUCGUCUACCCCGCCUUGUUCACGGUGCUCAUCUUCUCGAUGGUUUACGCCCACACCAUCAUUGUCUGCAACCUCGCGAGCGUGAUCUCUGUCCUGGAAGAGGUCUCUGGGCUACAAGCGUUGUUCAGAUCGGUGCAGGUAAUCAGGGGGCAGACGCAGGCGGGACUCCUCAUAUUCCUUGGGUCGACUAUUGGGAUGGCUUUCGUGGAAGGGCUUUUUGAGCAUAGAGUGAAAACACUGAGCUAUGGGGAUGGUUCAUCACGACUGUGGGAGGGACCUCUUCUGGUCUUCAUGUAUUCAUUUGUUGUAUUAGUAGAUUCCAUGAUGAGCGCAGUGUUCUAUUUUACCUGUAGAUCAUCUAUCGUAGAAGAAAUGGGUGAGGAUGUCAAAUUGCUUGAAGCAAAGGGAACUAUUUCUGCCCAAGUAUUGGAUACUUGAUGAACAGAACUCGUUCACAUGAUAUCUUUUCUUGGAGUCAGUUUCGUCAGAGGAUGCAUACAGAGGGAAAGAGAUAUUUUCUCCGACAAGCUAAAGAAUAUUCACCAAUUUUUCUGGUGAAUCAGAGAAUCUUCUUCAGAAUGUUUCCAUGUUAAAAAUUGCCAUAAACCAAAGCUCGCCAUUUGAUGAGGCAAUGCAACCUUGAUACUUCAUAUUCUGUGCGUCCCUAAUUGUUCAGAAUAUAACCAAGUGAUAUCCUUAGUGUAUAAUGUAAAUCUUACAUAUCAUUAUUUAGUUUUGUGUUCAAAAAUAAAUUUGUCUCAGUGGCGUACAUUUGAUUGCAGUGGAUUUUCAAAAUACCUGUUGUGUCA